UUCCAUGAGGCACGAUUAAAAAAAUAUGAAUAUCGUUAGCGGAUCUCUGCUUUUCAUAUCAGUGAUUUUCCUUUAUUAUUCUAUUGAAUCAGGUUCCGCAUUCAGGUUCUGGAGAAAAAGGUCGAAAGGAAAAAUAUUUCAGGAGCCUACUUUCCCACUCUAUCUUCAUCUUUACGAAGAUGAGAAACAUCAGAUUCAUCCAAUAACACCAGGAUCACAUGUUACUGUUGGAAUAGAACACAAUUUCAUCGUUGGAAUAAUCAAAAAUGGAGUUAUUCGUCCAGUACUUGAUGAGGAACAUCGAAGGGUUCUAGUAAACAUGCGUAUUAACCGGAAUUAUAUACUAAGUUCUUUUACGGGUCUUCCUUAUGGUCGAACCCCUGAGCAUACAGCUCCAGCUAUAAUUUAUUCUCCAAAUGUUCAGCCACUCCCAUAA